AUGACAGAACUCAAAUGGAACCAUAACCCAAGGAACACCCCAAGGGGAGGGUCUGGGACUCCAUGUGACAAGACGGAGAAGUUCUGUUUCCACCUGUCCCCAGAAAAACAAGGAAUCACAAGGAUCGCCUCUGGAGUGGGACUCUGGCUCGGUCGGAUACUGGGGCCAGGAGCAACCUAUGCUAAUCUGAAGGAAGGUUAUAACCAUGGAGCGAUAUCUUCAGAAGAAGGCAAGAGCGAGCUAACUUGGGAGGAUAUAUUGGAUAGUACCAUAAAGUGGUGUACUAGCCGAGCAGCCGAUAAGAGUAACAAUAGAACCGAGGAUCUCUACUUCACAGAGGCAGAGAGGAGAUUAUGGAAGGGAUUGAUGGGACAAAAUAAUAGUGUCCGAUGCAGCCAACACGGCGAUUGCCAAAAGAUGAUGUAUCUGGUAGGUUGCAUCCUUUACUGGAUUUGGAACGGGGAUACCAGACUCGUAAAAGGAAGAAGCGGAAUAUUGGGAGAAUGUGAAACAAUAAGAGAGAAGCUUCUAGGGGAUAAUAACCAGGAAAUAAUAUCGGCCGAGGAUGGCUGGAAGUUAAAGAAAAUCAGCCCCAGCAGAUGUGAGGCAGACCACAACUUCAAAGACUGUCAGCUGGAAACACUGAGUCUAGUCGUAAGCGUGUUAAAGGCUCAGAGGACUUUAUGCCCGAAGUGUCCUUAUGGGGGAAUAAAUAGUCUUUUAAAGGGCGUAAGGCAGCCAGGCCCAGGACAAGUGAUGUAUUGUAAAGACAGAUCCAACGCGCCUUGUGAAUGUCUCAUCGUUAACAAAAAAGAAAGAAGAGGGGGAGAGAUAUUAUUGGAAUAUGAGGAGGCAGCAACCCCAGCCGCCCCCCAAAAAGCUAUACUCCUAAGCCAAACCAAGGCAAAAGCAGAAAGCACGGCAACUCCCAAAGGACAGGGGGACUUAGUUAAGGCAACAGAAGAUAGACGAGGAGGACUAAAGAAAGAUGGACACGUCGCCACGAACCCAGAGGUUGAGGAGUCAGGAUCCAAAGGACAAAGACAAGUCUCCAAGCAAGACUCUAAAACAGAAUCAAGUCAACAGGUCGAGAAGCAAAACCAAACGACAAAACUAGACGAACAAAAGACAUUAAGCGUGGCUCAAAAGGAAGCCGAAGUGGCAGGCAGCAGUAUAUUACAAACCCCAGUCACAGCGAACAGAACCCCCGACGACCCAACACCAACCGCGCCAUCCACCACCAUAACUUCACUAACCAACCGACAAGCAAAAGAUAUCAACGGAGGAGGAGUAGACUCAGUUAGUUCUGAGAGGUUGGCGCAAGGAUUAGGAGGCUUCCUGGGCGUAGCAGUCAUGGUAGUUGCUUCAGGGUAUGGUUUAUAUCGUAUCUUUGGUAGAAGGAGGGCAGUCAACUCAGUAUCAGAAACCAUCAGGGACCCACAAAGGGUAGGAUAUCAUAUGGUUCAAUAG